AUUCAUAUAUUUAGGUAUGAUAACUCGCUUCAGUAAAUAAUAAAACGAAUAUUGUUCAUUUAACCCGUUACAAAUUUCGAGAUAAUUCAAUAUGGGAUUAUCUGUGAAAAUAUUUUAUCAUAACCCUGUAACUUUUAAAUUAUGUCCUCUUUUUUUAUACACAUAAUUUACAAUAUUUAAUGAUUACUACUUAAUUAAGUGAAUGAAUAUAAUAUCUCUUACCUAAUUGUAUCCAAGUAAGAGUUCAAUUUAUGAUAAAUUUUCCAAUGAAUACCAAGUUCAAAAUUCAUUUCUUUCAAUUUCACAUAUAGACAUUCAUGCAUUCAUUUAAGGAAGCAUUCUACUUACAAGAAACUACGAACAAACCAGUAGUUAUAUUUUAUAUACGGAAACUUCUUUCCCUUCCCCCCCCCCAACAAUAUCAUGCAAUAUUUUCAAUGUCUGACUUUUGAAUAAAUGAAUUUAAAAUACACACUUUAAAUGUUGUUAACUAGUUAUAACAGCUGAUAUAAUAUUUUUCUGACAAAAAUUUACAUAAUCUACCAAAGUUAUAAGUACGUAUUGAAUGGUUGAAGAUAACCGGCUGAAAGUUUUAUGUAGUAUGACACUUAACAGAAUGACAUUAUUUGUUGCUAAAUAAUUUUAAACUUAUGUUGCUUAAAACUACACUUGGAAGAGUUGAUACUAAGCACAUUAUAAACAGCAGAGUAUUUAGUAACCAACGCAAUGUAACAUUUGGAUAAUGUUUGGUGGUACAGUUUAUUGGUGAAACAAAGAAAAGUUACUUAUAUGUAUAUAGAUAAAUAAUACAUUUGUAAUAUCCCAAUGAGUAGAAAAAUCAGAUUUUCUGACGUUUCGUGACUUAGUGUAAGCCACUUCUUCAGAGAAUCCUUUUAUUUAUAACAAUCUACCCAAUGCUCAAUUUAUUCGAAAUUAUCAAAUCAAACCUUGGUAAUGAUACCUACAAACUUAUAUGUUUAUGUAAUUUUCAUUAUAGUGUUAUUUCAAAAUAAUGAUACUAGAUAGCUCUGUUAUCAUUAUUUGGUACUUGUCGUUGUUGAACACUGACUAACCUAACCUUAUUAAACCUAAAACUUUCAAAUUAUACAGAGCAUACGACUUUUUCAGACGAUUAAGUUGGAAUACAAUGAUCUACAUUUAGAUCCCAUUUAAUUAUGCUAAAUCACUCGGUAUAUAUACAUUCAGAUUUUUUAAUACUAGAAUAAAAAUUGUAAUUAGUUAUGAAUUCCACUUGAUUGAGAAACUCUACCGGGCAUAUAUUUAUCGAACUGGUAUUGUAAUUCACAUUGUUUUUCAACUUUCUCAAUAAGAUAAAUCAUUUUUACAACAACUUGGUCUGUUUGGUAAAAUACUACAUAUGAUUGAAUUCAGUGAAUCGAUCAAGUUAUAUAAAGGGACUUGUCGGGAAAUUCCAACCUGAACAGGUUCUAGAAAAUAAAACAAAUUUUCCUAUAUAUAUAUUUAUAUCGUUGUAGCUAGAAAAUUUUUCAAUAAAUAUGAACGAUCCAUGCAAUGCUAAAAAAUGAUCAUUGACUGUUUUAACACGUCAUCAUUGUGGUAAAAGUGUAAACAUUCAAUGUUACCGGCUAAGCUAAAAAUUUAUAAAAUGAACUUAGUAGUAGCUAGAUAAUAGUUCUAAGGUUUUAAUUAAUCGAUUGAAAGUCUCAGUGAUCGGCCUAGCCAUGUUAAUAGGAUUAUGUUUAAUACUCCUAGCAGUUACAUAACACCGUUGUAUGCCGACGCAGUGGUCUAGUGGUUAGGCGCUCUCACGCGAGACUGAUAGGUUCUGGGUUCGAAGCCCGCGAGGCGGGAUACUGGAUGUGCACUCCUGAGGAGUACCACACUGGGACGAAACGGCCGUCCAUUGCUUCCAGGCUUUCCAUGGUUGUCUAGCUUUAAUUGACUCAUGAUCUCAAAUAUUGAGAUUACUACAAUCUCCACAAAAACCCCUUCUGAGUUAUAUAAUAUUUUGAUUACCCAAUCGUUUAUUCAAAAUGCACGCUCGUAGCCGGUUAAUCAAUACUUUGAACUAAGGCCUAGUUAAUGAACUUGUACAUAAUGAGUUAUUGAUGACUAUUCAUGCAUUAUUAUGUAAAACAGAUCAUGUACAUGUUCACGUUGUGUUUUUUAAGGGUUAUAUUAGAGCUAUUGUAGCUUCAACUGACUCAUGAUUUCAAUCUGUGAAAUUUCUAAAAUCUCCACAAAACCCAUUCUGAUAAUAAUAAUCAACUGCUCACUAGUGACUGACUUCAGGAAAAACUCCCGAAGUUCUAGUGAGAAGCCGUUACCAGUGGAGUUCAACCAGGUCUGUUGUGAGGUAGGAACUCACUGAAGACAAUGGUGUACAGUGGCGCAACUUCGUGGAUUGGUUGAAGUUAGACAUUAACACCGUUGGAUGCCGGCUCAGUGGUCUAAUGUUUAAGUGCUCGCGCGCGAAGCCAGUAGGUCCCGGGUUCGAGCCCCGCGUGGUGCGGGAUCGUGGAUGCGCACUGCUGAGGAGUCCCAUACUAGGACGAAACGGCCGUCCAGUGCUUCCAGGUUCUCAAUGAUGGUCUAGCUUCAACUGACUCAUGAUUUCAAUCUGUGAUAUUGUAUUUUAACUUGUUUUGUUCGGUAAUUUAAAAAUUUAGUCAUUAUAUAAAGCGUUUUUGUUAAUAAGAUUUGAGAGAAAGCAGAAAUCCUUUAGGGAAAUGCAAAACUGUCAGUAAAGUUUAGUACGUACUUUUAUGGAUUAUUAAAACGACAUAGAUGUUUUAAAUGAUGACGGAUCCAGUAAUUAAAAUGAAUCUCGUUUUCAUUCUGAUUAAUAUUGUCAAUGAUAUCUUUGAAAAACACUAGUGUUCAUGAGAUUUUUCACAAGUGAUACAACUAUCAGAGUAAUUUCUUUUUUUUUGAAACUUCUCUUUAUUGAAGUGAAUGAAUAGAGUUUUAAUUGGUCUGAUUAAGUAAUAUCAAUUAAUUCCUAGCUACUUAGGUUUUCUUUGUAAACCUAUCUUUUUUAAACUUAGGCUUUCAUUCAGUCAAACGACUAGUAAAGAGACAUUAUUAGUCGGACUAAUGAGCAUGGAAUGUUAGUUAUUGUAGGAGUAAGUUGGAGGGAAGCUGUGUGCUGCGAGAUCAAGAGUUUUUAUCAGUUCGUAAAGAUGUUGACUGUUGUAGUGAGUCAUGUUGGUGGGUUUAGAUUACCUGGCUGAAGUUUCCGCAAUUAUUGUAAGAAAUGUUUGGAGACGUUCAGUGAGGUGGCUCGGACCGGGUCACAACGACAGUGAUACGCCGACUCUAUCUUCCUUUAAAUUCUGAGUUUUAAGAUUGGCCUAUCCUUUUUAUUUCGCGAACUUAUAUUUUUGCAACUCUUAAUAUCUACGCUUAAUUUUUUUUAACUAUCCCGGAUAUUGCUAUUAUUUCUGUCUCUAGCAUCUAGCUGUGCUUGUAUGGAAUUACUGCUUAAACCGAUCCACAUGUGUCACAUUCUACGUUGCUUAUGACUGAUGAACUAUUUACUAAUGUAGAUAUUUAGUUUAAUCUAAGGAAACAGAAACAGUAUACAGUCAUAUUUAACUAUAUAUAUUUAUAGAUGAGAUAAUUAAAUUGGUUGUCAUUAAUCAGGGUCUAGCUUAUUAGAAAACAUAAAAGGAAUAUAUGAAUUGGAUGGAAUUGAGAAAAUACUUUAUUACCUGUAUUAAGAAUCAAGUAAUUAUGCACCCAUUUUAAAUGUUAAUUUCUGGCGUCAUUACAUUCAGUGCAUACUGAUAAACCUUUGGGAUAUUUCUCGAGGUUAUUCCCUUUAUUUGUUGUAAAUUAAUAAUUUUCCUACUUGGAUGUUUACUGGCUUUUAAGUUAAGCAUAGAGUAUGUGGUUUGUAGGUGAUAAAUAAUGUACUUAUUACCAUUUGUCCUGACUAAAAUGUAGUGUGCCUAUUCAAGUAGCAGGAACUAAAUUAUGUGGUUUAUCUGAUUUUUGACGAGCGAAUUAUUCCUUUUUAACUUGUCUCAUAUAGGAUGCAGUGCUUGCAAUCCUGAUCUUACUAAGGAUUUUUCAGAAAUAAGAAAUCGACUCGAGAUUUGUUAUUUGUCUGUUAGGAUCCACAAUGAGUACAUCCAAAAACUUAGUUUUAAUUCCGUGUACGGUUAUUAUUUUUUGAAUGUUAGGGGACACAUCUUAAUGUUAUGCGAUAAUGAAUUUAUUGGGAACAUAAGAUCACUAGCUACAAGGUGGAAUAGUGCUAAGCAAUUUAGGUGUGUGAUUGUUUCAGCAAUUCAGAAUUCAGGGGUUUAGAUUGAGGGAUAACUGAAGGUUUAGGACUUUCUAGGUUAUGGGUGUAUUUGUACAGGCAUUAGUUUAAUAAACCAGUUGGCUAUGAACAUAAUUUACAAAUGUUUCAGUAUUUAACAAAUAAUAAUUAGAUUAGAACACAAUUAAAAUCAUUUUAGCUUAUAUUGUAGGGUUGUUUUAAUGAUGUAAGCUAAUAAAACUUUGUAGGAUAUUAUAAACGUCAUCUAUUCCACUGAUCUCAUAAACAAGGGGAAGCUGUGUUUCUGCUUAAUUAUUUUAUUUAAACAGAGUCUUGAUUUUGAUAAUUUUCAUUUGAUGGUCGCUAUUGUCAUGUACUGAUGUUUGAAAAUUACCCAUUAACUUCUAAUGAUAAAUGCCAGCCACUGGGUUCCGAUUCAUUAAUUGAAUGAUGUUGUACAUGUACAUUAUGAGGUUUAAGAGUCCUGUAUUGUAUUGAGUUUGAAGCUUAAAAUUUAAGGAAAGUUGUCACACAGUAUACAUUGGUACCUAAUACUUCCCCAACUCAUAUCGACUGUCCAUGAAUGCAACCCUCUUUUAACAAAUUAAAUGUCUUACAAUGAAACUGAACAAAGAAUAUUAUGUAAUUCAUUUUGAAGAUACUGAAAAUUACUCUUUACUUAACAAAUUUAAAUCUAGAAAACAGAGCAAGAAUUCGCUGUAUUUGUAUAAAGAUUUCAUUUCUCAAAUAAAUGAUAGUGACUUUAUAGAAUUCAAAAGGCGAAUACAGUAGUGACUAUUGUUAAUUAACUUUAUUGAAUUCUUUGUUGGUGUGCGUAUAAGUAUAUCAGUUAUUACCUGAAACUCAAAGAGUUCAGCUAUUCCACCUAAUUGAAAACUCAAGAUGAUUUGCUUAAUAGAUUAUUUAAUAGUUAGAUCAUUGAUUGAUAUGGAUUUAAGUUGAAUACAACAUAUCAUUAAACCUGAACAUAAUCUAUUCUAUAUCUAGUUACUUAAUUUCUGGGUGUAUUAUUAAUUUAAUCUGAUUAUAUAAUUUUUUAAAUGGAUCUGAUAUGGAUUUUUAUAGUUACUAAAGUGUUGAUCAGAACUACCAACCAUUCAAUCUGAUUGACAGAUAUUUUUUAAUUAGUUCGGGUAUGAGUUCAUGCUAAAAACGAAAUGCACCACAUACGUAUAAAACCUGCUAGCUUAAGAUCAUUCUAAUUGACGUUUUGUUAUUUACAAUGUUCACUUACAACAUCUUUUGACCUGAAGAAACAAUUUAAAAUAGUUCACGUAUUGUUAGUUUACGUAAACCAGUGACUGUACUGACAGGACUGAUAGAAUUAGAUCAAGACUAAGUAAUCAACAAGCGUCACAUCGAUUUCUACUCAGUGAUCACCUAAUGCAAAAUUUAUCAAAUCAGUUGUCCUUCGAAUGGCUCACUAGUAGCAUCUCAUAUUAGAAAGUUUUAAAAUCCUAGACAUAAGGCACAUAGGUCGCUGAUAAGGCUUUCUGAAGAGUGUCAACUAAAUUUAAAUCUUACUUCAGGGCUUCCUGCCAGUCGCUUUUAAAUAUCCAACAUAAUUGAACACAAUGUAUGUUCAAUUCACUUUAAAAAAUAUUGUCACUAAGAACAACUGUAUCUGGCACGUUUUUCAUAUUUUGGUAUUUAAAAAUGUAAACUGAAACCAGCAAUUAUAAAUAAAGAUGUAAUUGGAUGACAGAAUUGAUGGGGUGAAUUUAUGAAUACUAAUACAUUCUGAAUGAAAUUUUUUCGGCUUCUUACGGGUCGCUACAUAUAUAUAUGCUAAUGAGCACAUCUGUUUUAUUAGCAAAUUAUAAGUUGAGAAAGAAUGGAUCACAAACAAACUUUUCAGUGGUACUCAGCUGCUACUCAACACAGGAUAGAACCCCUGAUUUUCAGAUCUAAAUGCAGAUACAACACCAAAUCACUGAGCUUGUAUCCCAUGUUCAUGAAUUUUGAACUUCAAUUAGAAAGCAGUGUUCAAUGGGGUCAUUGAUAAGUUUAUAUCUCACUCUCUAAUUCAUUGACUUAAUAAGUUACGAUUAAUCUGUCUAUCUUGGAUUUCUGAAAUAUUUGAAACGGGGUCAAAAAUGCCAAGCAGUAAAAAUUUCGAAGAUAUCGGUAAGAAAUCUUGAUCUAAUGCAUGUCUUCUUUUACCUUUUUUAGACUAUAAAUGACCUUUAUCUGUAGCAAAUUCCCAUAAUUUAGAAACCUUAAAACACAGUCACUUUCAUUUACUUCUCUUGUAUAUUUCUCUGUUGAAUUUUCGUUUGUCAAACCAAAGAAUAAGCAUUACAUAAAUACACAAUUUCUCAAUGAUAAUUAUAAGUAGAAGAGAUCUCAUUUAAAUGAUCAAACUCUAAUUAAAACAUCAAAUUAUUUUGUGGUUAUUUUCCUUUUUCUUUUCUAGACGAGAUGAAUUCAAGCACAGUCUUUCACAUUCACUUGUGUACUAUACUACUUAUAAACUACUGAAUUCUUCUAAUCACUUUCAAUAAUGACAAUUCUAUUACAACACUAGUUACGUACAUCUAUUAAUUGUAAAUAAUCUUACGUACCAGAGUUUCAUAGUAGAGGAUUGUUUGUCAUUGAAGGAAUUGUCAAAUUCACUACGUAUACUACUAAUUAAAUAUCCAGAAUAUUUCAACUUAAACAUCCUGUUUCAUAUAGAUUAAAUGAUUUCAAAAAAAAUUAUCAUACAAUAUAACAUUCUUUAAUUUUUGUCACUCUUCACAAUAACUAAAUCAUAAAAUCAUUUCAAGCAAUACUUUUAUAAGCAAAUGAUUUAUCUAGUUGUCAUGUGCUUUAUUUCUAACAAACCCUAUUAAUUAAGGUAGUUAUGUGCUCAUAAGUGCACAAUAUUCUAUUAACAAUAACAAAAAUUGAUUUGAGUCAGGUGAUUGAACUGUAAGGCUAAAUUAAUUUCAUUCACUAAACGUUAAAUAUUACGUGAAUUAAUAAUUUGGGUACUGAGAGAAGAUGAUUAGCAGAUAAGUUUCAUAAAUAUUCAUAGAUUUAUUGAUUAGUUGCUUUAAAAAAAAGAGAGAAAAAAAAAGAUAUUUGAUUGUUAAUGAUAUUACUAAAAUACUGAAUAAAUCUAGAAAAGUCACUUUAUAAAUAUAAGAUUCUUAUUAGAACAAAUAAGGAAUGAUAUGAUCUUACACUAAUUUCUGUGAACUUUAUAAUAAACAUUAGUCAUAUUUUGUAUUGUUACAAAUGAAUAGCAAUAUUUAUUUAUUUUAUCAAUUAACUGUUUUAGUUAAUUAGUUCACAUGGUAACUAAUUCAGUUUUAAAGUUAUCAUUUUGAUACUGUGGUAGAUAUAUCGAUUCAUAGUUACGUAGUUUCUAGUGAUAUGGGGUACAAUAUGAAAAAAUUUAAGUCUCACUUUCCUGUACUCGAUAUCAUCCGAACUUUGUAAUAUUAUGGCAGAAUUUAGUAUUAGUCAAGAAUUUGGGUAGUCAAGCUAAUUAGAAAUGCGACCAUAUGUUUGUUGAUGUCCUCAACAAUCUACACGUGUUCACUUAUGUAAAUCAUGAUAAAUUAUGAUAUAUGGUUAGUUAUUUGCAAACUGAUUCUACCAAUUCACAAUGGUUCCUCAAGCCAACACUCAUACUAAAUUAAUAGUAAUCAAUAAAUGUUCAUUAAAUGAUGGCGUAAAUCAGAAAUAACCGAAAAAAAAGAUUUUUAUUUUGAAAAUGAUUAAAAUGUGUGGAUAAACUGAUAAGGACAUAAUUCAAUAACAAAGUUACUAUGCCUUAUCCUAACAUAUAAUAUAUAGCGGUUCCCAAUUCCUAUGACUCCCCAUCGGUUACCUUAUACCCCGUUUAACUGGCAAUUAAAGGUCCUAAAAUGAACAACUUGUGUACAAGCAGGCGUAACCUACUUCUAAUUAAUUUUAAAUAUAUUAUUGCCAUACUAGUCGUUAAUAUUGCAUGACGGUCCUUGAAAUUUCACCGUUUUACAUUUGAACAUUCUUUCAGAUACGUUAGUCGAACUAGACUUAAUAAAACAACUCCUUCAGCUCCAACAAGAUCCUCUACUAAGGAUAUAUAUGACUGAUUCAUCCAAAAGAUAUUCAAAUACAUAAGUCUUAAUUAACAAAUUUACUGGUUUUGUCUUCUUAUGAAGUGAUUCAUAUUAACAGGUGAACAUAUGCGUUAAGCUGAAAAUGUUAAAAAUAAGUAAAUUACCUUUAUGCUAAAAUACAUUUAAUGACUUAAUUAGUAUAACAUGUUACAUCCAUGUUAUGCACCAAAAUACUGCAAAAUACAUAAUCGGUGUUUUUCGUUUCCAGAAUUUAAGUUUUAGGCUCGGUCAUAUAUGGGAAUGAUUCCAUUUUAAUCGCUUUGUGUGUAAGCAAGUUGCACAUUAAACUUGAUAUUAUGAUGUUACGUGUUCCGAGAUUUGUUUUGUUGCAAUAUUGACUAGUCAGUUGAAUGUACUACUCUGUUCAAUGACUACAAACCGCGAUCAUACAAGCUUACUUCUACGAAACUAAAAACAUAUUAAUCUUAUUCCCUUGAAAAUACUCACUACGUGAGUAAAUGUAAAUCUAUCGUUUCGAUGUUUUUAUUGCUUAAAAUAUUUCCGAAUAUUUUCUGAAGUCAAGCUUCUUAGAAGCCAUUUCAUCCUCGGCAUUAUCCCAGCCCUCAAUCAAACGGUUUAUCCUGACAAAAACAGUUAUUUCUUUACAAUAUGUUCUACUUAUUAAUUCCUUUUAGCAUUUCAUGAAUUUCUUAAUCAUUACUGGCUACAUAUUGAUCUUCUCUAGUAAUUUUCAAUAUUAUUAUGUUGGUUUAUUCAAGAUACAACAAUGUUAAAUUGAACAGAAAAUGACCUAUUUCAAAAGUGAUUUUGAUCAAAAUACUCUGGCAUAUCAACAGUUGUAAUUUACAGUGUGAUGUUCAAACAUGUUUGAUGUACAUAAUUACUUGUGGGCAUGAACACAUUCAUACUGUUUGGCGUGUCUAAUUAUAAUUGUUAACCAUUCUGUUCAUUUUUAUUUAUUUAUAGAAAAGAUAAUUAACUUACAAAAGGGAAAAAAGCACCACUAAGAUAAAAUGCUUGAAGAACUAAAUAUUGGUGAUUUAAAUGAUGUGCAUAAUGAUAAUAAAACAGGAAAAUGGACUUCAUCUAAUGAUCGGAGUAGAUUAUCACGUUAUCGUGAAAGUUAUUGUUCUGAUGUGGAUUUACUGCCCUCACUGUGCACAAAAGUAACAGUUGAUAUUCAUCAAGAUAAUAUUAAUAAUAGUGAUUUUAUUCACUUAGCUCGGAAAAAUUAUGAACCAUUAAGAAAUAGUGAUGGAGAUAACGUUAAGGUAGUUAACAGUAAUAGCGGCAGUGAUGAUAAGAGUGAUGAUGAUUAUAAUGAUGAAGAGAAUCUUAUGAGCUGGUUACUGAAACAGUUUAGGGAGAAUGGUUUAGAUUACAAUGACAAUAACUUAAAAAAUGAUGACUUAGAGAAAAUCGAUGCAUUUAAUUAUGUGAAGCGAUUAAAUCACAAAACAUCAACUAUCCCACAUAAUCUACCAAUAGAUGAUUCUAAUUCAUCUAUUUCAAGUUAUCAAGCUACAAUCGAUUCAAAGAAAUCAAAAACACAAAAUGAGCACUUAUUGAGUAAUAAUAAUAAUAAUUUUAGUAAAGAACAAUUUGGUCAUAAACAAUAUCAUCAUUUUCCUCGCAUGUAUCCACCUGUCAGAGAUUCAUCAGUCGAGUCUAGAAAGUUGUGCCAAAGAAAUAAAUCAAACAAUUCAAUAAUAACAACAGCAGCAACAACAACAACCACAACAACUAACCCACCUAUAGAAUCAGUGAAUUCAACUAUGCUAAAAACAAUAAACAAUACAAAACAUCAAUGUCAACUUAUCAAUGGUUUAUUUCAUCAAAUAACUAAAAAGUUGACUUGUUUACAUGAAUUCGACAAGCAAGUUAUUAAUGAACUUCAAAAUGCUAGCCAAAUCAUAAGUGAUCUACAAAAAACAAUAAAAUUUUCUGAAUCUUCAUUAUUGAACUCAUUACAUUAUCAAUUAAAUGAACAUUUUUGUCAACCUAAAAUAUUUAAAACAGAAUUUUAUAAAACUACAAAUAAUUUUAAAAAGAAAACUGGAAUGAAAGAUUUUUCUAAAAAGAAAAUUUAUAAUUUAGAUGAAAAUUUGAAAAGAUCAAUUAUAGAUGAACAACAAUCAUAUCCAGUAUAUAGUUCAGAAUUAGACUGUCGAUCACCUACGGAAAAGAAUCCAGUUAAACAGGAUGACUGGAAAAGUCCUAUUACAGAGAAAAAUGAACGUCAUUUAACACAAAGAAAAUUCACAGAAUCACCAUGGGGACCAGUAUCAGUUCAACAAGCAAAAAAAUUAACAAAAGAUUUUGAUCAAUGCCCGAAAGUCAUUGGUCAAAACAAUAACAAUCGUAAAAAUAAUCACCUUAUAACAAAUGAUAAUUAUUCGAAAUGGUUAAAAUCUUCGAAAUCUUCAAUGAGUAAUAAUAAUUUAGAUAAAUUGAAUGAAUCUAUUUAUCAAAUUAAUAAUGUAACUGAUAAAAAGUAUAAUUUGUCAAAUGAACGAUAUUUUAGCCAAUUAACUUUACCAAUCUAUUCAACUUUUUCCAGUACUAAAUCAAAUACAGUCUAUUUGAAUACAUCUAAAGAAUUUAAUGUUUCAGAGAGUAAUUCAAACAAAUUCACCACAACCAAAGGUAUUCAAUCUUUGUUUAGAUUACCAUUUAAAAGAAAAGCAAGUACACCUGGACCGAAUAUUCAAUUUGUAGAACACCCAUUAAAAUCUCAUGGACGUUCGGCUAGUUUAGCUCAAUUGAAUACAUCAAGUGAAAAUCCAUCUGUUAUGUCUGUAUCAAAUGAUCAAUUGAAUAAAAGUACUAAUAAAUUAAACGUACCAUAUAUUAAACCUUUACUACUUAAAGAAUUGUCGAAAAUUUGAAAUUGAGAAACCAUUGAAAUGACCAUAUUUUUAUUUUUAAAAAUAUUUUAAAAAUCUUAAAAAUCCUUAAAUAAAAUCAAUUGUGACUUUCUGCUUUAUAAUCUGCGUUCAAUAUAAUGCUGCUAAUAAAUAUUUUGUCCG